AUGCAGCUAACGCCUGUUGGUAGUGCUUUACCAGGCAGAGAUCAAGUAUUCUGGUGGUACGUUUGGGUGGCUGCAGUGAUUGUUGUUAUUGCUGGAUUCAUAGCUGCUUAUCGACAGUCAGGAAUGACGCUUUCUGUAGUACAAUCGUUCACAAAUCUUGGUGCCUGGCAGCGGACUGUUUGCUUUAUACUGGUUUUAUCGUUUGUUAUUUGGUAUCUGCAAAAAGGAAAGUUCUUAUCCGACUCUAACAAAUCUUUAUCAAGUGGUGAAACAAAUGCAAGUAAAAUUUCAAGAGAUCCAAGGUCCCGACGUCGGCUGUACAGUUUGAAUUCGGUAUCAUCGAGUGACGACGACGAAUACAGAGGAAACGAUCCUAUUCUUAUUGCUUGGCUCAUUAAUGUACCGGAUGAACGAACGCAUGCAGCGUCUUUCGAAGGGAGAAAUGGAUGCGUCGAGGCCGUCGCCGAAAUGCUCUCUAAAGACAGCAUAGGCGCAAUUUGUGGCCAAGCUGGCAUCGGAAAGACAACAGUAGCUGCUAAACUUGUUCAUCAACUUAAGCAAUCUAUUUACGAAUUGGUUUUGUGGAUUAACUGUGCAAGCGAUGAAACUUUCGUAGAAAGUGUUUCGAAAAUUAGUGACGAGGUGUGUACCACAUCAACUUUUCAGAUCAAGCUUCUGGCUACUGAAGAUUUUCGUGUCUACGAGAAAGUGGAAGGUGUGAAGCGUUGGAUCAGACUUAAAGCUGAUGAUCACUUCAAAAUUUUGUUGGUUUUUGAUGGUUGUGACGAAUUGGCGAUGAUCAAAAAAGUCUAUAAGAUGCUUCCUGAACAUGGACUGAGCAGCAAAUAUGUACAUGCUCUUUUCACUUCUCGGAUAAAAACACUGGAUUCAGUCAAUAUCUACAAAACUUACACUCUGGAACCAUUGGACGAUGACGUUGUAGUAAAGUUGUUGAUAGACAGAGCGAGAAGUGCGGGUGUCAAAUGGAGAUCGUCAGACGACGGUGUGGAAAAGAAAGCAGCGAAAAAGAUUAAUGAACUAGUAAGAGGUGUCCCGUUGGCUGUAGAGCAAGUAACGGCCUAUAUUCAGACGAAAAAACUAAAACUUUCGCAAUACCUGAAAGAGUAUUCUCGCUCAGAUUCUGAGACUUUGCCCGUAGAAUCUCCAUUUCGGGGAAACCAGCAAGCGAACAUAUAUCAAGUAUAUGAACGUAAUUUCCUGGAAACGUCGAAAGAUUCCUGUGUACGUGAGAUUAUGGGUAUCGUUGCUUUUUGUGGAGUCGGUCAUCCAAUUCCCAUGCAAUUAUUUUCUCUCGGUUCAAAGGGUUUGCACGAGCGAUACUCUUUGAGAAAAUUUUUUGAAGCGCGGAAGAAAGGAGGUGUGCGGCAAAAGGGGGACAGCCUGCACGUACCGGUGUCUAUUGAGGUGCCUUUGUCUAAGCUGGAACAAUAUCACUUGGUUAAUGUAGACACUGAAAAUAAUGCUUUUUCUGUUCAUCCGCUAAUUCAGCACUUGCUAUUUUGCCGUCAAGAGGAAAAGGAUAGAUUGGAAUCUAUUGGUGCUCUCAGCGCUCUGUUGAGCAACGUCUUGGAGGGAUCUCCUUCAGACCGGUGGCAGCUGUAUAGCGAACUGUUUCCUCACGUAAUGAAAUGCUACCGACGUAUGAACGAUAUGACUGUAUAUGAUAUCAACUUUUUGUUACAAAGUGGAAAGAGACUCGCACUGGUUGGUCAUUUUCAGGAAUCGAUUAAGCUUUUAGAAGACUGUUUAAGUAAAAUUAGGCAGAAUGUUAGAGAACAUAAAACUAUGAAUGAAGGUGAGACUUUGCUAGAGCUGGGAUCGGCCAAGCGGAGACUAGGAAAGUUUAGUGAAGCAACCGAAUGCACUCGUCUGGCUCUAGAAAUAUGGCGAAAACUUCCCAGCUCCCCUCGCGUUUCUAACCUUCAAGCAAGAACUAAGGAAGUUGUAGCAGAAAUACACUUAGAUUUGAACGAAUUUCGGCAAGCUGAAACUUUGUUGAAAGAAGUGGAACCAUUGAUUGUUAGUCGUGGAGACGUGACAGAAAGCAAUGACAUGUCAGACAUUUUUGAGCAAGCAUCUUGCUUUGGAAACUUGGGACGUGCCUGUUUCGGACAAGGCAAGUACGACGAGGCUAUAGAAAUGUUUCAAAAAGCGGAGAGUGUUUUACAACAAGCUAAAUACUUUCGAUUUCAUCUCUACAAAGCUCAUCGUCUAGUGGCAACGGCUCGUAAGGCAAUGGAGAAGGAUGACACGGAUGUGUACCGCCGCACUUUCAAGCAGUGCAUUCGCGUACGGAAAGAGAUUAAAGAGCACUACAACGCAAGACAUCGUUAUUACGCCUGGUUGUGCCGAGAAAUUUCAACCCUGCGACUUAAAGAAGCCGAAAACCUUAAAGCAGCUGAUGAUAAAUUGCGUAAAAUGAAGUUAGCUUUAAAACUGUGUCAAACAAGCUUACAGUGUCACUUGGAUUUGUAUAAGGAAAAGCAUCAAAAAGUUGCCAAAGCCGCAGAAGUAGCUGCGCGCGUGUGUCUUGAAUACUCUCAAUGUGAUGUGACAAGUGACAAGGUCAUCAAGUUUCGAAUAGCUACUGUCAGGUGCCUGCAGCUUGCUAUAAGAAUAUGGAAAGAUACACAUAAUGAGAUGAAACAGAACUCAUCGACGGUCGUCGAGCGAAAGAUAGCAGAGCUACAAGCAUUGGAAGUUGAGACGCGUGAUCCAAGUGACAAUCUAAACGUGCGGUUACUGACACUAGAACGUAGCAGAACGAAAGACGAGGGACACGACACGCUUUAUAUGGCUGACAAUGCAGUUCAAGCUCUGAACUUUCUGACUAGGGAAGAUGGAUCUAACUAUGGUUCUACAAAUCUGACAGCCGUGCAUGUUGUAGUUUUAUUCUAUAUAAUUGCUGUUGUUAUUAUGCUCAUAGUAAGUCGUGCUACUAAUGUUUGAGUUUUAGUAAAACCUCCAUGGAACUAAAACAUUGAUAAGAAGCGUCAUUUCUUGUAUUUGAGGAGUAGCAAGAGCAGUUAGAGACAACGUUUUAAGUUCUUGUAUAUUAAGUAAAUUGCUAUUCGGUACUUGGUCAAUUAUGCUGAUAGGGUUAAGUUUUGCAGAAAGGACAAUCUGUAUAUGUAUAAGCUCAGUCGUCACGCAAUUUUUCUAAGACGGUGCGGAACGAUGUUAUUUUUACGAUAAAUCUAGUUAGUGAAUGCGGUCAACAGCUUUAAACCGCAAUAAAAUAAAAAUGUGUAUCUUU